ACUUAUACCUAAUAUCGAUAUGCCACAUCGGAAGAUACCUCUUCUAAUAUCAGGAUAUUGUGAUGUUGAAUUUAAAAACGAAAAAGUAUUGUGUCUCUCAGAUAAGUUUUUUAAAAGAAAUGGUCCAUAGUUAGAAACGUAUUUCUUAAAAGCAGACACCAUCAUCCUCGACAUACAGUUUAAAUGUGUUAAUUAUUUACCAUUAAAAAAACGUGUUCACUCAUUCAUUUAAUUAAACUCACAAACGUGUCUGUAUUUACAGACGUAUGACUAUCACCUUCACCGGAAGCUCGCUCUUAUUCUGAAGUCUGACGCGCUCUUAUGGCUCGUGCAUAGUGGGCGUAGAGGAAGCCGUGCGGCUGGUGCAGGAGGCCGGCAGAGACCCGCAGAGACCCGCAGAGACCCGCCGCCCGGAUGGAGGAGGCCAGAGAGAGUUUCACCUUCAAAGGUGUCGCCGAGAGACUGACGCUGGGCGUCACGCGCAUCCUCGAGAACAUGCCCGGUGUGGGUGACGUGCGGCUCGUGGAGCGGGAGCCGGCGGAGAAGAGGAGUCUGCUGUCGUGGGAGCAGAGGAACACCUGCAUCCUGCCGGAGGACCUGCGAGACUUCUACCUGACCACUGAUGGACUCACGCUCACCUGGAGCGUGAAGCUAGACGAGGAGUGUGUCCCUCUGGGCAGCAUGGUGGUCCCCAGUGUCUCUCGGCUGCGUCCUCUCCUCCGGCCGGCGUCCCUCUUCUCUCUCCCCGGCGCUCCGGCGCUGGCGGACCUGGACUGGGAGGACACAGGAAGUGCCACCGGGGGCGCCGCGCCACAUUUUGAUGCCCGGAGCCGCAUCUUCGAGUUGGACUCGUGCGGCGGGAACGGGAAGGUGUGCCUGGUGUACCGGCGCUGCUCAGCAGGUGUGGUCGCCCAGCAGAGUGACAUCUGGUACCUGGACCGCGCUCUGUGUUGGCACCUGCUGACCUCCAGCUUCACCUCCUACUACCGGCUGAUGGUCACUCACCUGGGCCUCCCCGAGUGGCAGCAGGCCUUCACGCCCUACGGGCCCAGCCCCCGGGCCAAGCAGUGGGCCUCCCUGUACCAGCCUCUGACCUUCAGCGCUGAGCCCGGCUGCUCGGACCCGGACCCCCACCUCAACAAGCUGGACCCGGCCAGGGCCUUCAGGGGCGGAGCCAAGACCCCCGUCCCCAAGAAGAAGCAGGCGGCGCCGAACGGCUCGGGCAGCGCGGCGAGGAGCCACGGCGGCGCCGGCCGGCUCAGCGGGGGAAGACGCUGAGGACCGUGUCUGUGUCUCCUUGCCUCCUUGACUCCGUGUAUCUGUGUCUCCUUGACUCUGUAUCUGUGUCUCCUUGUGUCCUUGUCUCCUUGACUCAGUGUCUCUGUCUCCUUGACUCUGUGUAUCUGUGUCUCCUUGACUCUGUGUCUCCUUGUGUCCUUGUCUCCUUGCCUCCGUGUAUCUGUGUCUCCUUGUCUCUCUGUUGGAGCUGAGUCUUUACAGCCAGCUGCACCCAGAGCCUGGUCCCAGUGUCCACUAGUGCCACCUAGUGGUUGACAUGAGUAACAGGCCUCCGGUAUGUCACGUGGUCCUGCAGCACACGCAGCGCUUUGACCAAUGACGUCACCCUGUCGUCAGCUGUGUGAAUGUUUUAUGGAUCAACUUUAAUCUUGAUUGACUUUGAGUUCUUGUUGUAUUUGUUGUGUAUUAUUUGAAAUCUCUUGUGUGAAUGUUUCCCCUCGUGGGAUCAAUAAAGUUAAAUACACUGUU